AAGUGGAUUUUUCUUUUAAUCUCUGGUUAAAGACGCAGUGAACCUGCCCUGGGUGAUUUUUCUGUUUCACUGAGUUAUCCACCUUCAGAUUUAGUAGAAAUUGAUGCGUUGGACAGAAAGUUACUGUAAAGGGAUAACGUCUGGGACUGAACAUGCAGUGAUUCGUACACAGAGGACCUUAAGCGUACAAUGACGCCUGUACGGGAGAAACAGCAAAUGGCCAAUGAGAGUCUUUGAAUCCUCUUCGCUUGGGGUUAACCUGACGCUGCCAUCAUCGCUCAAAAUGCCCACUCUGCCAGGGGACGAGGACUGCGCUGCCGCGGCGCAGAGCACAGCCUGUGCUGCCCCUCCGAGGGGCACAGCUGCAGGAGGUAGAGGGUGUGUUACACCUAUCAUUAUCUUGCCAGAAUGUGAAGACACUCUCAACGACGCCUCCGAAAACUGCCUGGAAAAAAAUCGACCGCACAGUCCUUCGCCAAGAGCUCUUCGGCAUUCUCGAUCAUCUUUAUCAUCCCCAACUUCCUUGAUUUCUGUUGCCACUAAUGGACAGGUAAUUGAUUUGGUGCAUGACAAUCUGCCUGACGUCCGAAUAUCUGAGGAAGAUAAACAGAAAAAUUUAGAAUUGCUAGAAGAAGCCAAAAAAGUGAGCGAUCGGUUUCUGAGCCGAAGAGGCCGGCGAUCCCGAUGCAGCCUGACAGACUCACCUACAGGAGUGUCACCAACGCUGAGCCCCAAGGCUUCUCCGGAGCAGUCGAGGAAUAAUUCGUUUACCUUCCCACCUCCAACAGGUUCUGAUUCAUAUCCCAAUGUGUUCACCGGUUCCGCAGCCAUAUUGCAGAAUGUGACAAAGGGAUUGGUCGAUCGAAAGCAGAAUGACCAGAGGAAAAUCUCUCAAGGAAGACUAACCCCUCGUCCACCUGUUUUAGUAACCUCAAAAGAGACACUUUCUGAACAAAAAGAAAACUUUGACCCAUUAAAGCACAUCGCUAAUAUGUACAAAGCCGGAGGCACAGAGACCAGUCAAACAUCUCCUUCAAAGACUCCAGAUGUUGAAGUUGGAAAACCUAUUCUGAAGAAACCCAUAGAAAAUGAUUUGCAGCACGGGGUGCAAUCACAGGGUUUCAACGUUCCUAACUUGGGAUUAAACGCACGAGGACUUUCACAAGAUUCGUCUGAUACUAAGUUUGUUUCUAAGCUGGAACCAUGUUUGUCCACCAGUCGGCCUCCUCUAUUGAGGGCGCUUUCCUGGGAUAGCUUAGGUCCCGGCAGCAAGGACAAAGCAAGUCUAGAUUUAUCAGAGAAAGAUAAGGACCUGCUCUCCACGCACGAGAAAAUCAACAAUAAAAUAACAAAAUUUACAGGAUUCAAGGAUUUACACAUUCAACCUGUUCGACUUCAGAAACUGACCAAGCUGAGGGAGGAAAACAAGCUGCUGAGAAGUCACAAUCUGACAGCACAGAAGCUCCCCGACCUCAGCGAAGCCGCCGAGCAGGAGAAAGGUGCUUCUCCCCCGCAGUCUGCUGAUGAAGAAGAUGGUAAAGGAGAAUCGGAUGUAAUGCCUAAUAUUCCAGACAUUUUACUGCGCAAGCUGCGAGUUCACAAGUGUCUCCCAAACAGCGCCCCGCCGCUAACCGAGAAAGAGGUGGAGAACGUGUUUGUCCAGCUAGCACUGGCUUUUAGGAACGACAGCUAUACCCUGGACUCGCGACUAAACCAGGCUGAGAGAGAGAGGAAUCUUACUGAGGACAAUAAUGAGAAGGAACUAGAGGUUUUUAAAGCUGCCAUAAUGUCUUCCGCCUCAAUAUGGCAGACGAGUGAUCACAGGGAGGCUUAUCAGAAGCUGUUGGAGGAUAUCUCCGUCCUCCAUCGAUUAACCACCAGGCUCUCAAGCCGAGCAGAAAUGGUGGGAGCUGUACGGCAGGAGAAACGCAUGUCUCGGGCCACGGAAGUCAUGAUGCAGUAUGUGGAAAACCUAAAAAGGACGUACGAGAAGGACCACGCUGAGUUGAUGGAAUACAAGAAACUGGCCAAUCAGAACUCGAGCAGAACUUACAACGGAUCAGAUGAUGGGGUACCUCGUUCAUCGCGUUCAAUGUCUCUUACCAUUGGCAAGAACAUGCCGCGUCGGAGAGUCAGCGUUGCAGUAGUCCCAAAAUUUAAUUUAUUGAACAUCCCUGGACAAUCCCCAAACUCCUCGCCCAUCCAGGCGCUGCCCUCCUUAACAGAAUCACCGAGUGGGAAGGGCAGUUUGCCAAAUUCACCCGGAUUAUCUCCACUUGUAGAAAAUGUGAAACCAAAUGGCGAUGCUGAUUGUGAUAUCCUGAGUUCCUCGAUGAUCAACAACGUUCCGGAGGAGAUUAGUCCCGAGAUAAAAGCUAAGAUUGAAGAAGAGGCUUAUAAUAAGGGGUAUCAAGAAGGCUUAAAAAAGAUCCAAGGGCUUCAGGAAUUGAAAGAGGAAGAUGAGGAGAAACCAGUUGAAUGCGUGGCAGAGUUUGAGGGUGAAGAGGAGGAAGAGUUAACCAAGCUGAAAAGCAGUAAAAUUGAAGAGUGUAUUGAUUACCUACAUAUGCUGUAUCCCAAACUACUGACCCAUUGGAAUGUCUUCUCCAUCGUGGCAGCUGGCGUGAUCUUACUGGCUGUGCUGCUGAGUAUCUAUAACUCCAUAACGUCCUGUGCAGAACUUCCCGAUGGACCUACCGGGAAAGCCACCUGCUCAGCAUCACAAAAAUAUUCCUGGUUUACCUCGGGGCUUCACCAAAAGCAGCACAGACAAUAGGAAGAGACUGACAGUGUUUACAAUAUAUAACUCUUCGGAGAUGUCCGGCCAGCCACCGUAACAAUACACGCAUUGCGGAACGCUAUCAGUGGGCAUUGCUCAGCGCACUAGGCUGGCUCAACUUCAGUCUGGAGAGACACCUUAUGUACAUUUAACUGUUAUUUUACAAAUCGAGGCAAUCUUAGCUUAUUUCUGUUUCCAGUUCAUUGUGCUUUUUGAAGAGUCGGUAAGGACAAAAAAUGCCUUUCCCACUACGCAUUGUAUCAGCUUAAACUAUGGUCAAAUACAUUCCAGGCCUAUUUUAUUUUGUCAGUUCCCUUAUUGUCCAAGUUGUGAUCUUUAUCAGAGAUUUGUUGCCAGAAAGAAUAACCGUUUAAUCCAUUUGAUGUUUAUAAGGCUGUAUCGGAUAUUGCCAAUCAGUUUAUUGGGGACUUAUAUUUUGUAAAAUAUACCUGUCGCUUAAAGCAUGUAAAGUGCCUAAAUUGAGUCG